UUGAGUAAAUCAUCUUGAUAUAGUUGUGCAUGUUUUGGAAUAUACACACAUUUGUUCGUUUUCAUAAUAAAGAGUGCUAGUUUUUAUUAAUAUUACUUCAGUUAUGGCAGCAAAAAUAUUUAAGGAGCUGCCAGGAAGACUUAGGAUGCCUGCUAUAGGACUUGGUACUUGGCAGGUAACUAAUGAAGCAGAGUUAAAAAACGCUCUAAACGUUGCCCUUGAGGUGGGUUAUCGCCACAUAGAUACGGCUUUGGUGUACCAGAACGAAGCAAUAAUUGGUCGAGUUCUCCAAAAAUGGUUUUCUUCUGGAAAACUACGAAGGGAAGAUCUCUUCAUAACAACCAAGCUUCCAUUGCCUGGUACACACCAGGAUAGGGUGGAGAUGUUCAUGAUGAAGUCACUAGAGAAUCUUCAGUUGGACUACGUUGAUUUAUAUUUGAUCCAUUUCCCUGUUGGCACUAAGUAUGUUGAGGGUCAGUUCAGACCAUCACCAGACACACUUCAGACCGAACCGAGCGACCACAUAGAAAUUUGGAAGAAAAUGGAAGAACAAGUCGAUACUGGUAGAACUAAGACUAUAGGAGUUUCAAAUUUCAACCUCAGGCAAAUCGCUAAGUUACUAAAAUCUUCUAGAAUCAAGCCAGCGUGUUUACAAGUUGAAUCGCAUGUCUACCUGCAACAAAGGGAACUCGUGAAUUUUUGUCACCAGAACGGUCUUGUUGUUGUGGCUUAUUGUCCUUUGGGAUCUCCAGGAUAUAAUAAUUUUACAGCGCUUCUUGGCAACGAACCAAAAAAGUUGCCAGACAUGCUCAAUGAUGAGACCAUCAAAACAAUCGCAAGGAAGCAUAAGAAAACCAACGCGCAAGUGAUGUUGCGCUACCUGCUUCAAAGGGAUAUCGCAGCUAUACCAAAAAGCAUUACUCCAGCUAGAGUCAAAGAAAACAUAGAUGUGUUCGAUUAUUUUUUAGAUACUUCAGAUAUGAAGGCUCUAGAUGCUCUUGAAGUUGGGGAAGCUGCUCGCAUAUGUGAUUUUAAAUUCUUCCCUAGGUUACUGGACCACCCAGAAUUUCCUUUUCCCAAAUAAAAAUUUUCUUUUAAGUUAUUUUUAUUGUGUCAAUUCAAUUUUGAAUUAUAUAUUU